CUUACUGCACUACACAUUUUUUCUCUCGAGCCAGUGAGUCAAGCCCAGACACUGCAGCAAUGCCUCCCCCUGGUGUUUGUCUGAACAUCAUGGAGGCUCGCUACAAUGAGAGCAUUGCCCAGCCUGCGAGGUUAUUUAACCAAGAUUAUCAGCAGCUGAAACAGCACUGUCUCCAGAAAAGAGAAAGGUACAGAGAUGAUAUGUUCCCCCCUGACAGGAGCUCCAUCGGUGAAGGGUUACUGGAGCCUUCUAAGCUGGCCUGUGUAGAGUGGAAGAGACCAGCGGAAAUUGCACCUAAUCCAUCCUUUGUGCUUGAUGGUGCCUCAAGGUUUGACUUUGGUCAAGGAGAGCUUGGAGACUGCUGGUUUCUUGCCUCUAUUGGAGCUCUGACAUGCCAGAGACACUUCUUAGAGUGGGUUGUCCGUCUUGAGCAAACAUUUGAUAAAGACUACUGUGGACUCUUUCACUUCAGGUUCUGGAGAUUUGGGAAAUGGGUGGAUGUCGUUAUUGAUGACAAGCUACCGACAAUCUAUGGCAAACUCAUCUUUGUCCAUUCCAAAAACCGAAAUGAAUUCUGGCCUGCUUUACUGGAGAAAGCAUAUGCAAAGGUGUGUGGUUCCUAUAGCGACCUGAGCGGUGGAAGUCUUUCAGAGGCUAUGAUGGACUUUACUGGUGGUGUUCACAUGUGUAUCCAGUUAUCUCAACCCCCUUCAAACCUGUGGGACCUGAUGAACAGAGCUGGCAAAUAUCAUACUCUAAUGGGAUGUGGUACACAUCAUACACCUCAGGGGAAAACAUAUGCCAACAAUGAAUUACCAAAUGGGUUGGUCUCGGGCCAUGCUUACACUGUCACUGGGGUCAAACAGAUAUUAAGUCAAAGGCAAGUUGUAAACCUGGUACGUUUGUGGAACCCCUGGGGCCAUGGAGAGUGGAAGGGAGACUGGAGUGAUAGGUCAUCUCGAUGGCAAACCGUGAGUGCUCAGGAUCGUGCGCAGUGCCUUGAAGUGCGCAACAAUGGAGAGUUUUGGAUGAACCUGGAAGACUUCUGUAAAUCCUAUGUGGUACUUGAUAUCUGCUGCUCGAGUCCAGAUUUCCUUGAUAGCAACUCUCCCUGGGAGACAUCCAUAUAUGAGGGCAAAUGGAUUGCAGGAAUUUCUGCUGGAGGAUGCAUACAAAAUAAAGACAGUUUCUGUACGAAUCCACAGUAUCGGGUCAAGAUAGAUGGUCAGUAUUCAGAGAAACAUGGCGACUAUAACAUACUGGUGUCUCUUAUGCAAAAGCCCGACAAGAGGAACCGACACAAGGUCCACCUUCGCAACAUUGGAUUCUGUGUAUUUAAGUAUGAGGCUCACAGGGGGAUGCUUCCAAGCUCUUUCUUCAACACCCACGCACCUCUGGCUAAAACCUACAAUAAAACACGGGAGGUGAUGAUGUUUCUUUUGCUAACACCUGGUGAAUACCUGAUUGUGCCAUCCACCGAGAAGCCCAAUGAGACAGCCUCCUUCAUCCUGUUCAUCCACUCCAAGGCAGAGACCCAUGUCAGUGAGCGUUCUUAUGACCACAAAUAUGAGUCAGUUCAAAAGCUCCAGAUCAGAAAUCCACAGAAUGAUGGACCAAAGCAAUCCAUUUUCCUCCAAUACUCUGACAAGUAUGAAGAAGUAGAUGCUGAGCAGCUCCAGAGGCUUCUAAACAAGAUCCUGAAAGAAGACCUAAAAUCUGGUCACUUCACUAUUGAUGCCUGUCGCAGCAUGGUUGCUCUGAUGGAUACAUCAAUCACAGGCAAACUCAACAGUGGAGAAUUUUUCCAUCUGUGGAAGAAGAUUGACAUGUACAAGAACAUUUUCUUCCACAUUGAUGUUCACAGAACAGGAACGGUGUCACUGAGUGAUCUGAGAAAUGCAUUCAUUGCUUUAGAAAGGAGGGUCAGUGAUGGCAUGCUGAAUUUGAUGGCUGUGCGCUACGGAGCUUCAUCUGGGCACAUAACCCUGGAGAACUUCAUCAGUCUCAUCCUUCGCUUGGACUGCAUGUACAAAAUCUUCAAACAACUGUCUGAUGGAAAAACCAUGAAUCUCCGAGAGUCUGAGUGGAUGUACAUUUCAAUGUACACCUAAGCCACCAGGACCGACAGACUACAGAAUUCAACUACAAUUACAGGACCAGACAUUUUAAAACAAUGUCUUUUCAUUUCCCAGAUUUCCCAAUGAAUAAUGCAUAAUGCAUCAAUCACUUCAUCACUCACUUCAACAAUCAUCAUAAUCAAUCAAUCACCAAUGCAUAAUCCUCUGCAAAUGAUUCAUUACACAGUAUGAAUGUAUAAUAUCACAGUAUGAACAGUAACUGAAAACCAUUUUCUUUUUUGUAACUUUUUUAAAUGUGUUAUAACAAUGUGAAAAACUGAAUUCCUUCAUUGUUCUGUCAUUUUUCUGUAUUAGUAGAAUGUGGGAAAAGUAGAUGUCCUUGAGGUUUCUUUUGGACCCCCCAAAUACUUUAUUUUGUUUGCUUCCUAUUAGUUCCUUCCUUAGUUUGGUUUUAGUCUAAAAGUAAUUAAAGUAAGCAUGUAAAGGCAUGAAGUAGCACUGUUGUGUCACUCGGUGGCGUUCGCCAGUUUUGAGCAUGUUUUUUUUUUUUUGGAGCAGAGGCCUCUGGUCGAAAAAGAGAGGGGUGUGUGUUGGUGAACAUGCACAAGUUAAAAUAAACGUGUUGUGUGUUGCUGGA